CAGACCGAAGUUGACUCGACACAAAAAUUGGAAUAUUUGCAUGUGUGACCCCACGUGCCUUCUCCUUUAAAUUGUGAGGCGAUCUAAUCGUCUUCCUUUUCCUUAAAACCCGCGUCGGAGCUCCCUGGGUACAAGGACAAUUUUUGGUGAGGACAACAGAAGUUCAGUAGUCUAGAUCUCUCAUUUCAAUACUUUUCUUUGGAGUUCUGGGAUAAGAAGAAGUCAGCAAUGACGUUUUCCACGCGCCGCGCGUGUGUUCUCCUGGUUCUGACCCUGUCGGUGGUUUCAGCCACACCCAAACAUCUGAUGGACCUCUUCAAGACAAAUGUGCAGGAACUCCAGCACGUUCCGAUGAAGUACGACUCCAAAAACACCAUCCCGAAAUGGCUGGAAGGAACUCUGGUCCGGAAUGCACCUGCGAUGUUCGAGCUUGGUGGCCGUUCAGCCAUUCACGUGUUCGAUGGUUUUGCCAAGAUUCACAGCAUAGCCAUUGGACAGCAGGCCAUCAACUUCACUUCGGCUUUCCUACAAACUAGUGCCUACACAAGAGCGUCUCUACAAACUACAAUGUACCCUCUUUUACUUGUCUUUACCAGAUCUAAGGCGGCUAACCGUUAUGCCCCAGCCAUCACGUUCUACGGAGUCGACCCAGGGUUCAACCCCGUUGAAAGGUUGGAAGCCUUCGAGUUUCCUUACGACAACACCGACGUCAAUGUGUGGAAGUACGGACACGGGGACAACAGUGUGUACGCCGCGCUCACAGACGCUUGGGUCUACUCUAAAUUUGACCUGGAAAGUCUUGCCACACAAGGAGUUGAUAUUCCUGAAGUGAGUGGCAUUCAUUGGUCUCGUCUUGUCCAGUCCUGUGCCCACCCUCUCAUAGAACCCGGUACAAACUACAGCAUUAACUACUUAAUGUUCCCUAGCUUGAUCCCCGGUCAGAAACAACAGUACUACGUGAUAAGGAUUAAGGACCUGAACACUUUCGAGGUUUUGGCCAACUUUCAGUCAGACAAGGCAUCGUACAUGCAUAGUUUUGCCCUGACUGAAAAUUACGCCGUGUUUUUUGUUCAACCCGCCUUCUUUGACUUUAUAAAAAUGGUGAACACAGCGAUGGUGGGAGAUGCUCUGGGAUGGUUUCCCGAUGAAAAAACACAAGUAGUAGUCGUCAACCUCAAAACAGGCAAGAUAGACACGGUAGAAACCGAUCCCAUAUUUUACACGCAUCACGCCAAUGCUUACGAAACGGCCGAUGGAAAAAUCGUUGCCGACGUCUGUCAGUUUGGGGAGGGGGCGUCUGUUUUUGCUGAUUAUAAGCUCCCUAUGUUGCGAAACCUAACCACACUACACCAAAGGCCUUCCAAAUCCAGGCUUUAUCGUUACACUAUUGAUAUAGUAAACAAGUCCGUUCAAACUAAAACCUUCCGCAGUGACGAUCCCUUGCAGGACUAUCUCCACAAAAUUGACGUCCCGAUCAUUAACGAAAACUACCGAGGCCGCCACUACUGUUACCUUUAUGGCGUCGUUUUCGACUUUUCUCCUUCCAACGCUCUAAACGGUACGUUCGCUUUGGUAAAAAAGAACCUGUGCACCCCUGGGAAAGAUCUCUAUUGGUACCACCCGAAUCAUUUCGUCAGUGAGCCGAGCGUUGUCCCCAAUCCCGAAGGGAAAGCCGAAGAUGACGUAGUUGUCCUCUCGGCUGUUUUCGAUGCCGAUCUGGGCAAAAGCUAUCUUCUCAUUCUCGAUGGCAAAAGUAUGAAGCCUAUCAACACCGCCUACAUGCCAACAUACAUUCCGUUUGGCUUCCAUGGAAAGUAUUUUCCCAAGGAAUGAGCUGGUUUUUUGGGUUGUUGCUUACAUAUUGCACGGUUGGCAAGUCUGGAGAUGAUGAAUUCCGUUUAUAUAAAUCAAGUGGUACUUCACUUUAAAAAAACAUUUCUGUAAUAAAAGUCCCUUUUCCAAAAAAUAAUUUCAUCAGGUUGGCAUAUUGGAGUUUUCUUUUACACAACCAGUAACGUAAGUAACGUAAAGUGAGAGACAUUAUUGGCUGUGCAAGAGAAGCCUUUAAUAACCCAUUAGCUUUUGUAAAAGGUUAAACGUUGGGAGGAAAGGGCUUUGUAUGGCCAAAAAAUUUAUAACAGGUUAUAACCUCCUUGGUAUGGAUUUUGUUUACACCAACCAACCAACCCACCCUGCCCACACAGUACAAUGGCAAUUUGACAAAAUGCUGGCCUAGAUCUUAGCGGACUAUAACCUUUAAGACAUAUCAACGAUACGUCUUACAUAAAAUGACCAAAAGUGACCUAUAAUCCUUACAUAAAAUGACCAAACAAAGGAAUAAACACAUUCGUGAAAGGUACAAAGUAUCAACCACGGUUGUUUCGCAGAACUUUAGCCCUUGCACAGAAUGCAUCAUUCAUAAUUAAUCAGACUUAAUUAUGCGGAUACUUCAAAAUAUAUGUAUACCAAGAUGAUGUUGUCUUGAUUUAUCAAAAGCUUUGAUAUUAUUUGAUGAAUGAUUGCUAAAGUCUAUACACAAGGUGGAAAAUACACCACACUACUACUGUCACUAGGACUCUGUACAUUUCCUCAUGGCUGAUUAUAAUGAAGACGGCUACUAUAAUAGUUACAAUAUCUUUAGAUAGAUAUUGUUUGAGAGCUACUUUUUCUCGUUUUAGAGGAAUGAUAAGGAUAAUGUUAUACCUAAAGGGAUCACCUUUAUCUGUAUAAAAUAGAAGAUCAAUAAAUCUGGUAUCGGAGGCACAAAUAUCCUGUACAUGGUUAUGUGCACAUUUUGUAUGAAAUGGCCUA